UCUCUGUUCUCUGCUCGCUCUUUUUGUAAAUGUGGCUGCUUCUUUUCUAACUUCCCACCAGAGACUCUCUUCUCCCAGCUUAUUUCUCUUCAGCGCGGCUCAGCAGGACACUUCCUCUAUAUUUUGCUCAGGAUGUCCAUCAGUCGGAAGAACUGGUCUGCUUUGUCCAGCCUGGCGCGUCAGUGGACGGUGGAGGACGAGGAGGAGGUGGAGAGGGAGAGGAGGAGGAGAGUGAAGAGCUCGACCAGCGCCGCUGAGCCGGAGGUCGACGGCAGCCCCCCGGCCGCGGAUCAGCCCCCCAGCGGCAGCCUCCCGGCCGAGAACCAGCCCCCCAGCAGAAGCUCCCCCGACAGGGACAGGGACCGGCCCAGCGAUGGCCCCGCCUCAGCAGGGGGCCUCAGCAGUGAGGAGCAGAUGCAAGUGGACUUUGUGGAGUUGCUGCGAGUUCGAGAUGAGAAGCGGAGGAUGAGGCAUGUGGAGAAACUGAGGCGACAAAAGGAGGAGGACGACGAGCACAAGGAGGAAGAGGAGCCAGAAGCCAGCAGAGGAGGAGGAGGAGGAGGAGGAGGAGAUGGUGGGAGCAGGGUAAGAGGAGGAGGUGGCAGCAGCGGAGGAGGAAGAGGAGGAGGAGGAGGAGGGAGCUGGGGAGGAGGUGCCACAGGGAAGCCACCAGAGGACACGGCGAAGGAGCAACCUCAUGUUUUCACACGGCAGCCAUCCCUAAGAUCAACUUCUAUCAGAACCAUCCUCAGAACAAGCAGCACAAGCAAACAGCAAGAAAAUGAAGAGUUGUCGGGCAAAGACGCUGAUUCCAAACCGCCGUCCCGCCAGGCUCGCAAGUUUGUCAGCGCUGUUUCCUUCUCACUCGAUAAGAGUCCCACAGCCAGCCUGUCCUCUCCUCCCAUGAGCCCCCGCUCCCCGGCGGCCUCCCCAGCGGCCACCCCGUCGCCUCGGGAACUCACACCCUCACCCGACCAGAGCCCCUCUGGCCGAGGAACUCCAAGCCCCGUUCAGACUGCAAAACCCCAGGAGACGACUGUGAAUGGCUUUGCUCCCGACAGCGGACCGGACCAGACACCGAAACCCGCCUUCAUCAGACACAGCUCCAGGACUGUGUCUUUCAGGCUGAUGAAGAAUAAAGAAGAGGAGCCUUCCCCGAUGAGGAGGAGCUCCAGCGUGCGGAUGGCCUCCAAGAAGUUUGAGCGCACCACAGAACAAGAUGAGGAUAAAGACCAAGCGUCGCAUUUCCAGAGAAACUCCAAGCAGAGGACUUCGUCCAGAUCCAUCCAGGAGAAGAUGGAGAGACUGGCUCAGGCUGCUCAGAAAUCAGAAAUGACGAGACCUCAAGAAGCGACUCAGAGGUCUCGGUUCCUGCUGGACGAGGUGUCGAGGAAGAGAGGCAUGUUUGAGAAGGAGCCACAGACGGAGGGCACCUCCAGCGCCGGAGGAUCCAGACAGGAAUUCAACAGCUUCUCCUCCGGAGUGUCGGGACGCGUCGACCGUUGGCUCACCAAGGCCAAACAGAGCGAGUCUUCACACCCCGCCCCUAAUGUAACACAUGUGAGCAUCAGCAGUAGGAGGAGCCUGUUUGAGAACAGAGGAGAAACCGGAUCUGGAAAGCGCUAAGAGAAUUAAAAAAAAAAAAAAAAGGAUUUUUUGAAAAA